UUCAGCACCUUUGAUUUUAAAUUGAAGAUAAAUAAAAAUAAUCAAAAGAAAGAGUUUUCGUAUGUAUAUGUGAUUAUGUGAAGAAGAGGAACUGAAACAGAAGAACAAGAACAAGAACAAGAAAAAGGUGUUUUCAGAGAAAUGGGAAGAGCCUUUGUGUACGUGAUUCUUGGGGGAGGUGUAGCUGCUGGUUACGCUGCUCUUGAAUUCGUCAGAAAAGGGGUUUCUCAUGGUGAACUCUGUAUCAUUUCUGAUGAACCAGUUGCUCCUUAUGAAAGGCCUGCAUUGAGCAAAGGAUUUUUGCUUCCAGAAGCUCCUGCACGGCUUCCAUCCUUUCAUACUUGUGUUGGUGAAAAUGAGGAAAGGCUAACUCCAAAAUGGUAUAAAGAACAUGGAAUUGAAUUAGUUCUUGGAACUGGAGUUAAGUCUGCUGAUGUGAAACGUAAGACACUAUUAACAGCAACUGGGGAGACCAUAAGUUACAAGAUUCUUAUUAUUGCUACUGGUGCACGGGCUUUGAAGCUUGAAGAAUUUGGGGUAUCUGGAUCAGAUGCAGAAAAUGUCUGUUAUUUACGACAUAUAGCAGAUGCAAAUAGGCUUGUUAAUGCUGUGCAAUCUUGUCCUGGAGGGAAUGCUGUUGUCAUCGGUGGUGGUUACAUAGGCAUGGAGUGUGCUGCGUCUUUAGUGAUCAAUAAAAUGAAUGUAACAAUGGUCUUCCCAGAAGCACAUUGCAUGGCUCGUUUAUUUACCCCCAAGAUUGCAAGCUACUAUGAGGAAUAUUACAAAUCAAGAGGAGUAAACUUCAUUAAGGGAACUGUGCUUUCAUCACUUGAUUUUGACUCCAAUGAAAAGGUUACAGCUGUUAAUCUUAGAGAUGGAAGGAAGCUAUCCGUGGACAUGGUUGUGGUGGGAAUUGGAAUACGUCCUAAUACAGGUUUGUUUGAAGGUCAACUUACUUUGGAGAAAGGUGGAAUCAAAGUAAAUGGAAUGUUGCAAUCAAGCAACAGCUCAGUCUACGCAAUUGGAGAUGUUGCAGCAUUUCCGGUCAAAGCAUUCGGGGAAACUCGGAGACUUGAGCACGUUGAUUCAGCACGGAAAUCUGCAAGACAUGCUGUGGCUUCCAUAAUGGAACCAGACAAAACAGGCGAAUUUGAUUACCUUCCUUUUUUCUACUCCAGAGUCUUCACAUUGUCUUGGCAAUUUUAUGGGGAUAAUGUUGGGGAAGUUGUCUAUUUUGGAGAUUUUUCAGGUAAUACAUUUGGAGCAUACUGGGUAAGCAAGGGUCAACUUGUUGGGGCGUUCCUUGAAGGUGGAACUAAAGAGGAGUAUGAAGCCAUAGCCAAGGCCACUAGGUUUCGGCCAGCAAUUGAAGACUUAACAGAGCUGGAGAGGCAGGGUUUGGGGUUUGCAGUUACAGUUAGUCAGAAACCUCUGGCAUCACCACCAGUUGAGGUUAACGCCUCUGAUCUACUUUUGGAGAGACCAUUGUAUGCUUGGCAUGCUACAGCCGGGGUUAUUCUUGCUGCAUCAAUAGCUGCAUUUGCAUAUUUUUAUGGAAAAAGGCGCCGCAGAUGGUGAAAAUUCUGAGAAAAUUACCAAUUCAUGGUUAAGGGUGCCUACAUAUUUUAGUCAGGUAUACAAGCUGUAACAUUGAUAAGUCUAGGAUAUUUUGACGUGUUAUUGUAUCUGAUCCAAUUCACUAGACUAUAAUUCUUCAGUUCUAAUGUUCAUAGGGUUGUUGUACCAAAAACAAAAGCAAAAUACGAAUGGCCUUCCUUCAGAAAAUAUUUCUGUAAGAGUUCACUUAAAGUUGAGGAAGUUGUGUCUAAUAUGACCUACACGGCUUAUAUUUAUAAUAUAAUAAU